CAAGUAGCAGUUCCUGAUACAUUUCCUCUUUCUCCCCAUUUGUGCUUCUGCUCUGGCAGAAGAAAUGAUGAAGAACCCAGAGGGGAAUUUCCCAGUGUCAGGGGUGCAGCUGUGGAAGGGUACACGUGCCAGUUCUUCUUCCCUUCCAUUACUUUUAACCAUGGGUGGUUAAAAUGGUCUGUAACAAUGGAAGAAGAGGUCCGUCAUCGAGAAGCCUGAAUUGUGAUACCAGGAAAGCCCUUUGAGACACUGACAAUAAGAGCCUGAGAUACAGGAGACAGCAAACAUGCUGAAGCCAAGUGGACUUAAAAUCCCAGGCAGAGCUGGGAAGCACUCCAGCCCAGUGGGACGGGCAUCAGGGACCACUACAGCUGCUGUCACCACUGGCUCAAAAGAAGGCUCACCUUUACACAAGCAGGGUACCACCUCCACCACCAGCGCCGAGAAGUCGGGUUCAAAGGUUGCCGAGGUGGGCGAUGAUUUCCUGGGAGACUUUGUGGUGGGCGAACGCGUCUGGGUAAAUGGAGUGAAGCCAGGUGUGAUCCAGUAUCUUGGGGAGACACAAUUUGCUCCGGGCCAGUGGGCAGGGGUUGUUCUGGAUGACCCAGUGGGUAAGAAUGACGGCUCUGUCGGUGGAGUGCGGUACUUUGAAUGCCAGCCGCUGCAGGGGAUCUUUACGCGACCGUCCAAGCUGACGCGGCAGCCGGUGGCCGAGGGCUCGGGGAGCGACGGCCCCUCCGUGGACUCCUUGACGGCUCAGAACUUGUCGCUGCACUCGGGGACAGCUACGCCACCUCUCUCCAGUCGUGUCAUCCCCCUGCGGGAGAGCGUCCUCAACAGCGCCAUGAAGACGGGCAAUGAGUCUGGAUCUAACCUCUCGGACAGUGGGUCUGUGAAAAAAGGGGAGAAGGACUUACGGCUUGGAGAUCGCGUGCUGGUUGGUGGGACGAAGACAGGAGUUGUGCGCUAUGUGGGAGAGACAGACUUUGCCAAAGGAGAGUGGUGUGGAGUGGAGCUGGAUGAACCCCUGGGCAAGAACGACGGAGCAGUUGCUGGUACAAGGUAUUUUCAGUGUCCUCCCAAGUUUGGCCUCUUUGCUCCCAUCCACAAGGUGAUCCGGAUCGGUUUCCCAUCAACCAGCCCUGCCAAGGCAAAGAAGAGCAAACGAAUGGCCAUGGGAGUGUCUGCCUUAACCCACAGCCCCAGCAGCUCCUCCAUCAGCUCUGUCAGCUCCGUGGCAUCAUCUGUUGGUGGUAGGCCCAGCCGCAGCGGGCUGCUGACAGAGACCUCUUCUCGAUACGCCCGAAAAAUCUCUGGCACCACAGCUCUCCAGGAGGCACUGAAGGAGAAGCAGCAGCACAUUGAACAGCUACUGGCAGAGCGUGACCUGGAGCGGGCUGAGGUUGCCAAAGCCACCAGCCACAUCUGUGAGGUGGAGAAGGAGAUUGCCAUCAUGAAGGCCCAACACGAGCAGUACGUCACGGAGGCAGAAGGAAACCUCCAGCGAGCACGAACUCUGGUGGAUGUGAUGCAGAAGGAGAAGAUUGAACUGUUGAACCAGCUGGAAGAGGAGAAGAGGAAAGUGGAGGACUUGCAGUUCCGUGUGGAGGAAGAAUCCAUUACAAAGGGGGAUCUGGAGACUCAGACGCAGUUGGAGCAUGCCCGAAUACGGGAGCUCGAGCAGAGCCUGCUGUUUGAGAAGGCACAGGCUGAGAAACUCCUCAGAGAAUUAGAGGACACCAGGUUAACCACGGUGGCAGAGAAGUCCAGGAUCCUGCAGCUGGAGGAGGAGCUGAGCCUCAGGCGCAGCGAGGUGGAUGAGCUUCGGCAGUGCCUCAGGAGCUCUCACCAAGCAGACACCCCAGAGCAUAACCUUGGCUUGCAGUCAGAGGCUCUUCGUCUACGAGAUCAACUGCUGUCUGCCAACAAGGAGCAUCAGAAGGAGAGCAGCCAGCUAAAGGAGAAGUAUGAGAAGACGUUAAAGAAGUACCAGCAGGAGAUGGAGAAACUGAAAUCUGUCAAUGAGAAGUACUCACAGGAAAUCGUUGACCUAAAGCAUAAAGUUCAGCAAGCCACUAAUGAGAACAUGGGACUUAUGGACAACUGGAAGUCCAAGUUGGACACGUUAGCUUCAGACCACCAGAAGUCUCUGGAGGACCUGAAAGCCACACUGAACACAGGCCCUGACACCCAGCACAAGGAGAUUGUGGAACUGAAGGCAGUGGUGGAGAGUAUAAAGAUGGAGCACCAGCUUGAGUUGGAGAACCUUAAAGCAAAGCAUGACAUUGAGACAGCUGUUCAUAUAAAGGAGAAAGAGAGUCUCAAACUGAAGUUGCAAGAGGCUGUGGAUGAAGUGGAAAAAAGCAACAGCAACUGGAAAAUGCAACUGGAAACAAAAAGCAAUCAGCACCUUCUUGAACUCCAGGAUGUGAAGGACAAGUGUCGAGAUGCUGAGCUGAGGGUGCUUGAACUGGAGAAACUUCAUGGUGAAUAUACGGAUCAGACAGAAGCAAUAGCUUUCUUAAAAGAGCAGAUUUCUUUGGCUGAGAAGAAGAUGUUGGACUAUGAAACAUUACAGAAAACAGAAGCCCAGAGCAAACAGGAGAUCCACAGAUUGCAGGAAAAAGUGCUUGUUUUAGAGAACAAGCUGCAGUCCAUGGAGGCCCUGCAUCCUUCUCAGCAUGCAAAUAUGAUUGAAACUAAUGAUAUUUCAGAAGAAAAGAUAAAGAUGAAGCAGACUAUGGAAGACCUCCAAGACAAGCUGAGCAAAAGAGACAAAGAGGUGUCAUCACUGGUGUCCCAGACUGAAACUCUAAGGGCCCAAGUAAGUGCUUUGGAAAACAAAUGCAAAACAGCAGAAAAGAAGACUGAUACAGUGUUAAAAGAAAAGAAACGUCUGGAAAGUGAACUGGAAGCCUUGACCAAGAAAACACAUGAUGCUUCAGGGCAACUAGUCCUCAUUAGCCAGGAGCUACUCAAGAAGGAAAGGAGCCUGAACGAGCUGAGAGCACUGUUGCUGGAGGCAAACCGGCACUCACCUGGGCCAGAACGGGACCUGAGCCGGGAAGUGCACAAAGCUGAGUGGCGGCUGAAGGAGCAGAAGCUCAAAGAUGACAUCAAGGGGCUGCGAGAGAAACUGGUUGUGCUGGACAAGGAAAAAUCGGUGUCAGAUCAGCGGCGAUACUCCCUGAUCGACCCCUCUUCAGAGUCAGAGGUGAUCCGGCUGCAGCACCGGCUGGUCAGCACGGAGGAUGUGCUGCGCAACGCGCUGGAGCAGGGCCACCAGAUGGAGAAACUCAUGGAAGCAAUGAGGCUUUCUUCUGAGAAAACACAGACUGGAAAUUCUGGGUCUGCUAACGGGAUUCACCAGCAGGAUAAAGCCCACAAACAAGAGGAGAAGCUCUGAUAGAGAAGAGGUGAAGAGGAUCAUUUCAUGCCAAUAUCAGCUCCUGUGCACUGUCAGGAAAAAUGGUACCACAUUUGGCUUUAGCACCUCCAAAAGACCAGACACAGUAUUUUCACUUUAAAGCAGGACAGUGUUUAUAAUACACUAACUGAUGUAGUCAGGACAAUCCUGCAGUCCAGUUUUCCAAGACAGCCAUUGUUCCAGGGGGGAGCAGAAAGGUUUCUCUACAUUUGGUUUCUUACUUGUAUUGGUUUUGACUAUGGAAUUUGUAUUGCUGUUGUCCCACCAGCUGACCUGGUCUGGAUGAUGGCUGCCCCAAAUGGUGGCUGAAGUGUCAGCAAGUCCCAGUAUCCCACAAGAACUCCAAAAGGAUUUGCUUGUGGUGUUUGAUGCUUCUCACAUGGUCUGUCCCUUCCCUUCCACACAUCCCGCUGUCUUGAAGACCUGCACAAGCAAGUGAAACCUGCUGGGCUGACUGUUCAUGCUGGCACGUGUAGGCUGAGCAAGAUGGGGUGUGUGGAUGUGUUUCCCUUCAACUUGUAGAAGACAUCAAUGUUCUGGAGGCUGCACUUAGUACUUGUAUCAUAGCAUGUCCUGGGAAAUAAUCUGAUUUCAGGGGGAUAUUUGUUUUGUUUCUCACCCAGUGCUGUUUGGGGACAGGCAACCCCAGCUGUGGUUGGCAUUUCUUCCUGCAGAGAUCUCUGAGCAGGCCUGCCCAUGCCCUGCCCCACAGCGAGGCUGACCAGCCUGAUCCCCAUCACUUGUAUGUGUUUUAUUGGGCCUUCUUAGAGCACAGGACUCCACAGCUGCAUCUCAUCACUGGCCUGAGAGCUCCAUGCUGGCUGCAGUCAGUGUGGGACACAUGCCCUGUGGAGAUGGUUCCUUCCUUGCCCGUUUAAUUUAGCAGCUAAUCAGGGAUCGCCUGGCCUUUCUCUGGAGCUAUCCUUGGCUCUGCAUUAUGAUGUUCCAGUAUGAUGCCCAUCCCCUUCUGCCAGGAAUACAGAACGCUGAGGUGCUGCUCUGAGCAUUCAUGCAGCAGCAGCUGUCUGUAUUGGAUGGGUACAGCAUUCCACUGUGUAUGACCUGAGUAUGAGUAUUUGGAGCAGAAGGAAUACAAGACUAGAGCUCACACAGCUCUUGUCUGUACAUAGCAGUGCAGGCUCAGGUAAGGAUCUCGUUCCUUCUUCUGAAGGCUUUACCCUUCUCUGACUUUGACCACAGCUCCCAAGGGACACUAGGGUGGAGGAAAGGGACAGUAUGCUUUUAAAGGUGUGAGACUCCAGAUUCACUGCUAAGUACCACAGGGAAGAAUCACAGCAAUAUUUCACCAGGCUUUCUCUAGUUAGUGCCUGACUCCCUCAGUCUUCAGAAGCUCUUUUGUUGUGAUGGGUUAUCUGUGAAACAGGACAAGACAGAAGAGAGCACUGAGAGAGGAGAUCUGAGCGUGACCGCAGGCAGAUGAACAUCACAUCAUGUCAGCUUCAUUGCUUUUGCCUUCAUUUCCUGUAAGGUUGUGCUACUUUGUCUUCAUGGGUUGCUAGACUCCGGCUUCCUUGAAGGAUGAGCAGCCAGAAGCAACCUGGGAAAGACAUGGGCUUCAUGACUGCAGUUCUACCACAAGGAGGAUGUUGCUGAAUCUGGGCUAUGACACAGCACUGGACCCUGCUCACUUGAUGCAGGAUUGGUGAUCUCCCUCCAUGCAGAGGGAGGAUGAGAGAGGAAGGUGACUUCAGGGGUGUAAAGCAGGACAGAAAGCGCAGCUUAAAUCUUGUGCAUGGCAGGGGGAGGCAGAACUGCCUUGCAGAACUGCUUCAUCAGUUUUACUAAUCACCAGGAAGAUUGCCUAGCUCUGAGACUUCCCAAGGGGAUCACAGGGGUUAUCUCCAAAAUCUUCCUGGUCCAUGUACUCCUCAUCUCUUAAGCAAUUCAGGAAAAUCGCAGAGGGAGUGUUCACUGUUGCAGCCUGUGACAGUGAAUACCUCUCUGGGAGCUGCUGGCUGUAAGAAUUGUGGGCUAGUGUUUCCCAAAGCGCUGCUUUGCUUGGUCUCUGGUGUCUGCAGCUCUCUCUGGAUUGAGUGGAGCUGAAGGAAUCCUGCCCAUCUCCGAGCCCAGGGCUUCCCAGGCACCUGCCAGUGGGAGAGCCCAUUCUGCUUGGGAGCUUACUUUCCCUGGUAGGUCUUUUAGUGAUUUGUGACCAGUUGCCUUCAUCUAUAGAGGGGAGAUACCUGCAUUUUCCACCUCCCUCAAUGAACCUUUGACUCUGCACAAGGCAGGAUCCCCGGGGAGGACUUAUGGGGACCAUGUAUUUAGUUCCAUUAAUCAGAUCUGAAGUUGUCAGGUAACUUUCAAGCUGGAGGAGUCUCUGGCUCCUGUCUCCUCCCAGGGACCAUCUCCUGUGAGUGGCUCAGACCUGUGGAUCUUCCCAGUCAGUUCAGGUGACAAUGUAGACUGGCAGCAGAUGGGGCAGGGAUGGUUUAAAGAUAGUGCAGAUGGUCUUCUCUGGCUGUAAGUAGCUGUGCUGGUCCCUGAGGAUCAGCCAGGAGCCAAGCACUUGCUUACUGCAGAGGCUGUUUGUGGGCCUUGCAUUGCGAGGCCACACCGAAAUGGGCAGUGGGGCAAAGCCAGGGCCUCUGUAUUCCACCCUGCUUUGGGGAGCUGCUCCCCAAACAGAACUGACUGCAGCAUGAGCAGGACAUGCUAUCACACAUCAUCUGGGUUUUAGCUCAACCCUGUAUAAAGUGGCCAGGUUUGAACAUUAUCCAUGUUCUCCCUCUCCAGAAUUGGCACAGGCCUCCCAAGGGCACCUGCCUCUGGCUGCCCUUCUGAGCUUGUAAGAGACCAAACUAGGGACAAACUUGGGAAGGACAAGGAGGAGAUUCCCCGGCCCCUCUAUUUAUUUGUAAGUUUAAGUGCUAUUUUUGCCUAUGUGGUGGUGUAUAAAGUACUUCACAGUAUUUGGUCUUACUGGCUUGGUUCUUCAGGGGAGAUUUUCAAGGGUGUUGGAGCACUGAUGCACCCAACUCCUGUUGCUGGUCAGGAGCUGGUUCCUGUUUGUGCCUUCACUUCCCUUUGGCUUCAGCCUUGCUUUUAUCUUGACCCCCAAGAGCUGGUACAGGGGCCUGGGGGGUGGUUGUGUUCUCCUCUCCCAGCCUGUGCAUGCUGUGCUGGUGCUGCAUCUGGAGCCGAGUCCUGACAUCAUGCCCCAGAGCACCAGCACAGGGUGGGGAGGAGGAGGCAGCGCAUCUUUGGAGUCAUCAGCACCAAGGGAAGGGCUGGCACCCGCUGGGACACCAGCCAUCACCCAGCUGCGGUACCCAACAGUUAGUGAUGCUUUUCUGCUGAAAGCUGAGACAUUAUCCAGUGAACAAAGUCUUUGCUAUGGAGACUGCUCCAUCUUUAGUGGUUUUUUUCUCUAACCCUCUAGACCAAAGGGAAAAGAAUCAGUCUUGGCUGGUGAUUUCAGCUUUAUCCCUCUAUCCCUCCAGUGCUGGAGCAAGGGGCAGCACUGAGGCAGUGCUGAACGAUGGGUGCAAAGCUACCAGCCAAGGCUCUGCAGCUCUUGCGUACUCCCAGCCACAAGCCCUUCCUCUGGCUUGCACUAGAGAUGCAUGAGGGUUUCAUUCAAACAAAAUGAUGCAAAUGACACUGUAAAAGUCUUAACAAAAAAUCCAGUACUCCGUUGUUCGGCAGCUUUAGCAGCUCAGCACUAUCUUGUAGGGAGUUAUUAAUACACUAAGAUCCUAUAGGCCUCAUGUAAGUUACCAUAAUAAAGAUGAUACUAGAUGUAUAAAUGGAUGAUAACCUUUUACCCGUACAGUAUGUAUUACAGUUUUGUAGUUUAGUCAUUUUUUGGCUAUCAGAUUUUGUUAGUAUGAUAUAAAACCAAAAGACAAAAAAAAAGGUUUGACUGCUAAUGUCUAUUUUGUUAUUUGAUUCACUUUAUUUCUUCUUCUGUACAAAAGCUGUACAAACCUCAGUGUGUGUAACUACCCCACACGUGUAUUCAUGUACCACCCCCUGUCCUGGCUUGCUGGUGUGGUGAGCUCCUUACUAACCAAUAAACUCUGUGGCUGCAGUCGGGCA